UUUUUAUUUUUUUUUUAGAUAUAAUGAAGAUAUUAAUAUGACAUGAGAUAUGGAGAAGCUUGACGAUAAAUGUAACAGAAUUGAGUUCCAAAAAAAAGAAAAGGAUAUUGAUAUCACGUGUUACAUUUGUAAACAAACGUUCCGUUAUCCUAGAGUUUUAGAUUGUUUGCAUACGUUUUGCGAAGAGUGUUGUGCCAACAAUAUCAAUAAAAUAGAUCAUGAACUUGGAGAACGUAGUAUAAUUAAAUGUCAACGUUGUUUUGAAGUCACAAUACUUCCUGAUAACGAUCUUCAAAUGCUUCCCUAUAACUUCUUUGCUAAUAAUGCUAUUGACUUUCUCCUCAUUCAAAGCACAAAAGAAAACGCUAUUUUAUGCACGUGCUGUAGCGAUGAAUCUGACGCAGUAUCAAGAUGUGUAGAAUGUUCAGAGUUUUUAUGUUUAAAAUGUGUUACGGCUCAUAAAAGGAUUCGUGUUACAAAAGAUCAUAAGGUUAUAGACUUAGAUACACUCCGUUAUGAUAAAAGUUCUGUACAUCGUCCGGUGCACUGCUUAUUUCAUGAACAAGAAGUAUUUGCAUUUUACUGCGAAGAUUGCGAUGAUAUUAUUUGUAACGAGUGUACAAUCCUCCAACAUAGAGGUCAUAAGUAUGAAAAGCUUAAGGAUGCGUUAAAAAAUAAGAAACCAUACAUGAUGUCAAUUCUGGAAGAUAACGAGUCUAAGAAAAUUCGUCCUAUCGAACGUGCAAUUGACGAAGUUCAAGACAUGGCUGCAAGGUUACACGCACGUACGGUGGCAACAAAACAAGCAGUUAAAAACUGUACUGCUCAAUGUAUUAGGGCAAUAGAGUUUCGCUGUCACGAACUACUUUCAACAGUUGAUGCAAUUUAUUCAAACAAGAGUAGGUUGCUUUAUGAACAACAACUUGGUCUACAACUACGAUUAAUGAAAAAUAAAACUGCUAAUGACUUUGUAAACUACGCUCUCAAAAAUGGAAGCGAAGCAGAAAUAUUUGAACUAUUAGAUGUUAUGAAAAUGCGAUUGGAGUAUUUAAAUAAAGAAGAACUAGAGUACAAAGAGCCGCAUGAAAAUGAUGUCAUAGAUCAUUUGUUUGACUUUGAUUCUGUUGAAAACAUUGCAAAUAAUUUAGGCGAAAUUUCAACAUCGGCCAUUUUUUUAACAAACACAAUAGUUAGCGGCCAGGGUUUACGCACUGGAAAGGUUGGGAUUGAGACAUUCUUUAUUGUUAAAGUUUUUGAUCGCUUUGGAUCCCCUUGCGUAGAGACAACAACCAAUGACGCAAUUAGAGUUAAAAUCCAAGCUCCUGAAGGUUUCUACGUCAAUAACAAAAUUUUAAACAAUAACGAUGGGUCUUACUGCAUCCGGUAUACACCAGUAACUCGGGGGAAAUAUAACAUCACUAUUAAGAUUAGAGGCCGUCAAUUUCCAAACAGCAACCAUACUGUUAGGGUUUACGAUGGCAUAGAUUAUUUAAAGAUUGAGAACACGUAUUUAAAUUUUGGUGUUCUAGGUAACAAACCUUGUGAAAUGAAUUUACCUUGGGCAAUCGCUAUUCACGAGGAUGGUAGAAUGUUUGUUUCUGAUCAUGGUAAUAAUCGUGUGCAGGUUUUUAAUGAAUUAGGCAAGUUUAUUACUGAAUUUGGUUCUAAGGGUUCAAAAGAUGGACAGUUUCUUGGACCCACCGGCAUUGCUAUAGAUCAAAACGGGUGUAUUUUUGUUUCGGAUUGGGAGAAUCAUCGAGUUCAGCAGUUCAAUCAAAAUGGAGUGUUUAUGGGAAAGUUUGGAUUAAAAGGGCGCGAAAAAGGUCAACUAUUACAUCCAGCUGGCUUAGCCGUUGACAAAAAUGGAUGUAUUAUAGUUGCAGAUAGAGACAACCAUCGUUUACAAGUAUUUGCAUCUGAUGGAAGACCAAUAUCAACAAUUGGCAGUUAUGGAAAUGGAUGUGGUCAAUUAGAUUCUCCAACACAUGUUGCAAUAAUGGAUGAUAAUAUAUACAUUGUUUCAGACGCUGGGAAUGACCGUUUGGUACUCUUUGAAGAAUCUGGUCGUUUUAAUUCUUUCUUUGGUUCCAAAGGAAGUGAUCCAGGUUUUUUUAAUCGACCAUCAGGAGUUGUAGUUGACAAAGAGGGUUAUAUAAUAUUAGGUGAUUUGUAUAAUCAUCGAAUACAAGUAUUUGACCCAGAAUUAAAAUACUAUUGUCAUUUUGGGGGAGAAGGAAAUCAGGAUAAGCAGUUCCGCUAUCCAUCUGGUAUAGCGUUAACAAAUGAAGGUAGAGUUGCUAUAGUUGAUCGUUACAACCAUAGAGUUCAAGUUUUUUAGAAAAAAAACAUCUUUUUAAGUUUUUAUAAAUUGCCUAGAGCUAUAGAGUUGUAGA